GGAAGUUCUUCUCUAGGGGGAAAAACUCCAGUUGAUACAGUUGUUGCUCAGUUUACAAUCUUCGGGCGAUUGGGAAUCGUGACGUUUUGUAGCGGAUAUCCAAUUGUCCUAAACGGUUGCAAUUUCUGAACAUUUUAGGAAAAUUUCAUUCGCCAAAGUCCUCACGCUUACGUUUUUCAUGUAAACAUAUGGAAGAAUUAGAUUUGUAGAUCUAAGAACAAUCCGAAUGCAGUAAAAGCAACAACUUGUAAACAAACUGAAACGUAAAUAAAAAGAAAUAUUACAAGAAAAAGUUAACAAAAAUGGUUGUUCCCAACACAAAUCCUUUGGAAACUAAAUUAUUUAAACUUAUGUCCGAUAAAGACAAAUUAGAAGCACAAAUAAAUACUUAUGGAGUAAUAUUGGCGCAAAAUGAUAAUGUUGGCAUGUCGGGACCUUUAGUAGAUGCCGAAGGAUUUCCUCGCAAUGACAUUGAUGUCUAUCAAGUGCGUCAGGCCAGACAACAAAUUAUUUGUCUACAGAACGAUCAUAAAGCCUUGAUGAAAGAAAUCGAACAAUUAAUGCAUGAAUUACAUGCUGAGGCCAAACAAGCUCAGACUUCCCAGCAAUUGUCUCAUAAGGCGGCCGGCAUGAAUUUAAAUGAUAGCUCUUCAGAUGAUAGUGAAAUGGCCGAGGCAUUGCCACCAAAGCCUAUUUUAAAAGUGAAGAAUGUUGCGCCAGGUUCGCCGGCCGAAGAAGCUGGACUACGCAUUAAUGAUGAAAUCUGCGAAUUUGGAUCAGCAAAUGCUAAUAAUUUCAAUAAAAAACUUGAAACUAUUGCGAAUAUAGUUAAACAUAUGAGUGAUCGUCGUGUUCCCUUAAAGGUACUGCGUAAUAAUGAGUUAUUAGAUUUAAUAUUAAUACCACACACUUGGUCUGGUCCCGGUUUGUUGGGCUGUAAUAUUGUUCUUAACGAAAAUUAAUAUAUUUACGUAUACAUACAUAUAAAAAUUGUUUAUGGAAGGGUAUGAAAAGCAUUAUUUUGUCAUUCUUAUUAAAUUAAUUAAUACAAGAAAUAAAAUAUAAACAAUAUACUGUGUUCACA